CCGGAAGUCAGAUAAAAAUUACAUUCGCUAGGCCAAGGGAGACUACACUGCUUCCUUUUAACUCUCAAGCCGUCAAUAAAGGAGGCACAUACCAGUUUAGGAAUGGGUGUCCGUUAUAAUUUAGCAGUAGGCCUCAACAAAGGUCAUAAAGUAACUAAAAUUGAAAGUGGCAGAAAGAACAGACCUACCCGUAGAAAGGGGACUGCCACUAAGCAUGCAAAAUUCGUAAGGGAUCUUGUUAGAGAAAUUGCUGGAUUUUCACCCUAUGAAAGAAGAUGUCAAGAGUUGCUGAAGAUUUCCAAGGAUAAGCGUGCUCUUAAGUUUUGCAAAAAGAGGUUGGGUACCCAUGUUAGAGGCAAAAAGAAGAGAGAAGAAAUGCAAGUCACUCUCCAGAAGAUGAAGAGAGCCCAACAACAGCAACAUGCAAAAUAAUUUAGUUCAAUUAAAAAAAAUUAAUAACU